AUGACGCUCGAGUGGUGCAGAAAACCGGAUGUCGGUCUGCCGCGGCCAGAUCUAUGCGUGUUCUUGGACAUCUCAGCGGAUGAUGCGGCGAAGAGAGGCGGAUAUGGCACGGAGAAGUACGAGAAGAAGGAGAUGCAGGAUCGUGUGCGGGAGUUGUUUGAGACGCUGAUGGGGAGGAAGGAGGGCGAGGAUUUUGUGAGAAUUGAUGCUGGCGCGAGUUUGGAGGAGGUGCAGAAGAAGGUCAAGCAUGAGGUUGACCGGUGUAUUGAGCGGGUUGAUCGGGAAGAUUUAGCGCUGCGGGUGGUAGAGGAGUGGUAG